GAUCUAUCCUCAGCAUGGCACCUAAAACUAAGGUCCCUGUAGGCCCUCUUCACAAGUUCGCUAGCACCUGUGUCGAUGUGAGCGUGCGCAAGAUUCUGAUGCGUGUACAGGAACCUCACGCAGGACGAUCUGGUCAUCUUCCGUACCAAUCUUGUCAAGACUCUUGAGAUGACUUCGGUCAUCGAGACCGCCUUUCAGCAACUCAACGUCAAGCUCCAGGCCCUCAGAGUCACUGGUCCGGUAGCAACUGCAAUCGACCCGGUCAAACGUGAAGGGCGCAGAUGCAAGGACAUAGUCGAUUCCGCCAUGAUGUCUGCUCGCUCCCAGGAGGAAAUCUCAGCAACUUUCGUUCAGGAAGGCCGCAUCGGUGAAACCCUCACGGCCGUCAAUGAGGGGUUGGCUGCCAUUGGAGGAAUGACACCGUCAAUCCUCAAGAUUCGUGACCGCCUUAACGAGCUCAUCGAUACCACCAAGAGCGGCGGUACAGUCGUGACCGACGGUCUUCAAACUCUUGGCUUCGACAAGGAUAUCGAGGCUUGGGAUGCUAGUGUGAACGAAUGGGCCGCACUCACGAUUGUCACCACUUGGAAGGUCUCAGAGCUGCCUCUUCGGGAUGACGCAUCACACCAGCAGGAGUAAGUCGUUAUGCUUGUGAUGGAUGAGAGGCAUGGAACUAUUCAGGCAUCAACAACGAAGGCGUGACGUUGAGCGAUCGGGAAAAUCAUCGAAGGGUUAUAAUGCGCAGUCGAUAUCGAGUCCAUUCCUCUCACACAAUAUUAACAUCAAUGAACUCAUGUUCUCCG